UUGCUUCGCAAGAUGUCGUUCAACAUUUGCUACAUAAUCUAAUCUUCACCACUUCAACGACGACAACGAUAACUAUUAGGUGCAGCUUUAGUUUAGCCUUAUAAAUACGAACCCCUUACACUUACCGAAUAAAGGAGGGAAAAUACUCACCUUUCUCCACCUCAGAGCCAGAAAUAUAAUCGUAGUGCUAGGAACCCCCGGUGGAUAAGGGGUGAACCGAAGGCUUUAUAAAACAGGGAAUAUCGACGAUGAACUACAAACACAGGGAUAAUGCGCAAUUCAGCAGGGCAAAAUGGAGGAAGCGGUUGCUCAUACCAUGCUGGAUUAUCCAAAUAGGCCUUCUACUGGGAAUCGUUGGCUUGUUCUCAUUUCGACUUUCACGUACGGUCUACACCUGGGAGGAGCAGGAGAACAAGGGAGACGUUCCUAUGGUAGAGUUCGUAUGGGAAAUCAUUAAUGUGGUGUUCUCUUUCGUUUCGCUCAUCAUAAUAUUUGUAUCGGUGGCGAAGUAUAUCGCCGAGGUGUUAACGCCGCUGCCGUUACUAUUCGCAAACAUCAUGAACCUCGUCCUCGCGUCCGCCGUCUUGGCGCUUGAUAUCGUGGUUUACACCCGCUUCCCCGAUAGAAAGUACUCAUUGACGGGUAUAGCGAUGGACUGCAUAAUAAUAGCCUUCACCCUCAUCCCUACAUUUUACUCGGUCGUCAUCUACCGCCGCCUACUCGAGUACGAUGACUACCACAGUCCUUACAACGCCAAGCCGUACGGCUACGCCAGCGCGGAGGAGCCCGAGGAGGCGGCUUACCGCGCAUCGUGGCUCGAAGCACCUACGAUGUAUGAUCCCACGAAUCCUUCAGCCACGGCCACACGGCCACGCUCCUUGUCCGCCGCCAGUCGACACUUAUCCAUGACUCUCAAUAACCGCUCCUCCCUAACUCCGGCGGCACCCUCGCCAGAAGAAGCCCAAUCACGGUCGCGUCAUGGCAGCUAUGACCACAAGCGAGAUACGCAGUUUGAUGAGUACAUUCGGCGACGAUCAAGCGCCGGAAAUUACUCCAAAGAGGAUAUCAAUAAGGCACUAGGUGUUGAGUUUGGCUGGGAGGACAGCCAGGAUCAGCGAGACAGCAUUAUCAGCGCGGGGUCAGUAGCCGUAGCGCAGCCGAGGCCAAGAGGGGACUCUCUCUCGUCGAGACAGAUAAGCUGCGAGGCGAGCAUCAUCAGAAGCGUCAGCAGUAGCACCACUACGACAAACACCACAGCCACCUCCAUAUCCACAUCUACGUCAACACCUGCCAUGACGUUGGAGGCACCAGCAGGAAUGGUCAGGGCACACAGUUUGAACAGCGUCCCAGAGGCGCACGAAGAAGAGGACCCAGACCACAAGGCCAAGGCCGGAAGGAGCCGAGGCGCAAGCGAGAGCCAAGAGGUGCUUCUACGAGGCAAUGGGAUAUCGCGGUCCAGCUCUGGGUCGAGCAAGAGGAGCUCGCGGCGGUUAGAGCCCGUCGAAGGGUUAGAGGAGGUUGAGCUGGGAGGCCAAAAAAAGGAGAAGAGAACUACCAUGAUACCCGAGAAGGAAGUAGAAUUGUUUUUGAAUUAGUACCUUGUACCUGGGUGCCCUAGGUGCAAAGGCUGCCUACGAGUAUAUAGUACAUACCCAUGAAGCUGUAAAUGAUUGAUACAAUGUGAUACGAUAGAAAGUUUUGGUUUUACUUCUUUUUUCGUGCCGUGUUAACUUUUCUUUUCAUUCACUUUAGCUGUACAGUACCUGCCGAUUUUGCAGGUUAG